AUGUCGCUGAAAUCGGUGGUUAUGGGCGAUGAUCGCGAAACAUCCAUCAAACAGCAGAUUGUUUCCGUGCAUAAAGCACUGAACAAGAAUGAGGUACCACUGAAGCACAAACAUGCACGACAAGUGAUAAUGGGUACGCAUAAGGAGAAAUCGUGUACCAUCUUCUGGAACUUAAAUAUUUCCGGAUUAUUGCCGUCUCCAAAUGCUCUGAGUGAAUAUUCCAUCAUAUCCCUGCUGAUCACGCUUGAAUUGGUACAGAUUGGUGUUUGCAGUGCGUAG